AAGACUUCCUCUCUCUGCAUGAUCUGCAUGAUGUGCCGGAAAGCACCAAACACACACACACACACCGCAGCUCAGUCCGACAGUGAUUUUCUGCUGUCUAUAGUAAAUGAAAUCAAAGUUUGACCAUGACAUCCAUGAAUGCGUCGUGUCCGAACUCGUGUUCAGCUAAUAUGUCUGACUGGAACAGAGCCAUGGACAAGCUCUACACCUACUUCUACCUGACCAUCUUCAUCCCGGGCCUGCUGAGCAACACCCUGGCUCUGUGGGUGCUGUGUCGAUUCAUGAGCAAAAAGACGAAGGCCAUCAUCUUCAUGAUCAACCUGACCAUAGCCGACCUGGCUCACGUGCUGUCGCUGCCACUUCGGAUUCACUACUACAUCCAAGGAAAAUGGCCUUUCGGCAGUGUGCUGUGUAUGCUGUGCUUUUACCUGAAAUACCUUAACAUGUACGCUAGCAUUGUGUUCCUGGUGUGCAUCAGCAUCCAGCGCUGUGCUUUCCUCAUGCGCCCGUUCCAGGCCAAGCAAUGGAAGUCCCGCUACGACGUGUGCAUCAGCAUCGCAGUGUGGAUUGUGGUGGGCCUCUGCUGUUCACCCUUCAUUUUAAUGAGGAAAGCUUCUGGAAAUGAAACAAGCGAAUGUUUCAAAGAUCUCCCAAUGCGAAAACUGGAUUUCCGCUUAGCCAUUUCCAUGAUGGCCGCUGCUGAAGUCUUUGGAUUUAUCGGUCCAUUAAUCGUCAUCAUCUUCUGUACUUGCUUGAUAGUGAACUCUUUGCGAAAGCGGACCCACAAUGAACAGUCCACUGGUAACACGCGGAAGGCCUUGCGCAUGGUUAGGGUGUGCACAGGGGUCUUCCUCUUCUGCUUCGCCCCCUACCACAUCAACUUCCUGUUUUAUCUGAUGGUAACCCAGUGCAUUAUAACAAACUGUGAGGUGAGUCAGGCCGUCAAACAGUUUCACCCGAUCUCUCUGUGCAUGGCGAGCCUUAACUGCUGCCUCAACCCGCUCAUCUACUACUUCCUAACCACUGAGUUCAAGCAGCAGCUGUCGAGCGGCAGCUCGGUGCUCAGGGGCCGUCUGAUGAGCAUGGAGAGCACCAGCUCAUACAGGGAAUGAGUACAUCAGCAAUCAGGGAAAACAUAAAACCAGCAGUUCUGUUCAAAAUAUGUACAUUUAGUGUAGGGCUGCAACAAGCAACUACUCAGUAUUUUUACACAUCAUGGCUAAAUCUUGCCUUUACAGUUUUUUACAAUUGCUAAGACACAUUUCUUAAAACCUUCACCCAUUUUCUCACAACAUUAAAGUCCCACUGAAGUGCCGUGGAACGAGCAGCUUUGUUUGAUGCGUUGACGUAAUCUCCACUGAAACAGGACGCUGAGGCGGGACAUAUGGAAUGGCUCCUCCCCCUUUUCUAACAGCCAAUAGUGUUUAGUUUACCUCACAGACUGACGGCACCAUGGAAGCGCUGAUGAAACGCUGGAUUCAAUAGUAGAGGAUUCAUUCAUUUAAUUCUUAGCCAGCGUACAGUUGGAAAACGGAAUAAAACUCGAGCGUUUGAGCAAACGAACACACACUCUAACCCAUAUUGCUCUGCGACGCGUCAACGGUCGCUUCGGCCAGGUGGUGUUUAUAGCACAGGGGGCGGAGCUUUAUAUUCUAGAGAGCAUUUGAUUGGACAGAAAAAUUUUGUAAUUGUUUUGGAACACACCCGCUUAUUCAAAACCUG